GUAAGCGACAGCAACCGGAGGACGACGGGUCUGUGUUCUUGUUUUUCGCGAGUAAACAUUUUUUUAGGGAGUUUUUUUUUUUUUUUGGAGAAAAACAGCCUCAAAAUGCGAGGGGACGAGACAGAUUCCGACUCUGGGAAAUCAGAUGAAGGCGGUUCGAUUGAGAGGAGCUUUGAAACGCUUUGUCUGGAAUUAAAUAUGGAUGAAGAGACGGCGAAAGAGGCGAUGCAAAACUUUACUUCUAUAUGGAACACCUAUACUUUAGAGGGUGAGGUGGUGCACUGGUUGGCCUGUUCUCUGUAUGCAGCUUGUAGAAAAACCUCGACUCCCACUAUAGGUAGUGGCAUGGUGGAAGGCAAUUGUGUCUCGCUCACCAGGAUAUUGCGGUCCUCCAAACUUAGCCUGAUUCAGUUCUUCAGCAAGAUGAAGAAAUGGGUAGAUAUGUCAAAUCUCUCACAGGAUUUCCGAAAUCGCAUAGGCUGCCUCGAGAGGAAUUUUGAAGUGUCGACUGUAAUCUUUCGGAAAUUCGAGCCUAUUUUUCUGGACAUGUUCCAGAAUCAUCAAGGCGAACCUCCACGGCAGUCAAGAGGCAGGAAACAUAGGCAAAUUGUCUGCCACACCAGUGAUGUUUUCAAGUUCUGUUGGACCCUCUUUGUGUACACUAAAGGCAAUUUCCGUAUGAUUGGAGAUGAUCUGGUCAACUCGUAUCAUCUCCUUUUGUGCUGUCUGGACCUGGUCUAUUGUAAUGCUGUACUCUGUGCCAAAAAGAAAGACCUCAUUAAUCCAAAUUUUAAAGGCUUACCAACAGACUGCAGGAGCUCAGACGAGGCUCGGUGUGUGCUUGAGCAUUUGUGUGAACUCCAUGAUGGUCUAGUUGUUGAGGCAAAAGGGAUAAAAGAACACUACUUUAAACCGUACAUCAGACGUCUAUUUGAGAAGAAAAUUCUUAAAGGAGAUAAAGACACACUUACUGAGCUGCUGGACACUCCAAACUUCCAAGACAACAUCAAAGCCAUAAAUCGUGAAUAUGAAGAAUAUGUCCUGACGGUGGGUGAUUUUGAUGAGCGGGUGUUUUUGGGCGCUGAUGCAAACGAGGAGAUUGGCACACCACAAAAAGUCACCCCUAAGCCCCCAUCUGGUCAGGUUUCAGCCCGAAUGCAGGUGGAGAACAACCUUCAGCAGCACUUUGAGAAGACACGUUCGCUGGCCCCUUCCACACCACUUACAGGGCGUAGAUACCUGAAGGAGAAGGAGCUUCUGAUCACACCAGUGUCUUCGGCUACUCAAAGUGUGAGUCGCCUGCAGAGCAUGGUGUCCGGCCUCUCCAAUGCCCCCACUGCUACACUGCUCCAAAUCUUCAAGUCUUGUUCUCGUGACCCCACUGAAGCCAUUUUAAAUCGUGUAAAGAAGCUAGGAGAGACUUUUAAACAGGCCUACACCAAGCAAACAGAUGAUCUUCAGGGAGCUCAUAUGGACUUUGCAGAAAACCGUCUGAAGAUAGCCGAAAUACUGUAUUUUAAGAUUCUGGAGAAUGUUAUGGUUCAAGAGCUAAAGAGACUCCAGGGUAAAGAUAUGACAGUGCUGUUAGAACAAGAUGUGUUUCACUGUUCUCUUCUGGCCUGCUGUCUGGAGGUUGUGCUGUUUGCUUACAGUUCUCAAAGAACCUUCCCUUGGAUUUUGGAAACCUUUCAUCUUAGACCAUUCUACUUUUACAAGGUGAUAGAGGUGUUCAUUCGGUCUGAGGAGGGCCUCUCUAGAGACAUGGUGAAGCACUUGAACGUCAUAGAGGAGCAGGUGCUGGAAAGUAGGGCGUGGACCAAAGACUCAGUGCUGUGGGAGGCAUUAGAGAAUGCUGAUUCAAAAGUCCCUACUGUAGCAGAGGUAAAUUUUCCUAGCAGUCUUGAUUCGGGCCGCAACAGUAGUAGUGGGGGCCACACCCACCUUCCUCUGGUGGCUCUGUCACCCAUCAUUCACCCUCGUCUGCGAGAGGUCCGCACUAGCCUGGGUUCCAGUGCUCGCAAAGAUGCUCCUCCAUCUCCCAUCUCUCUCCACGAUCGCUUCAGUUCUCCAGCGGCAGGCAGUGCCAAAAGGCGUUUGUUUGGUGAUGACCCUCAACCUCACUCCCCAGUGAAGCGAAUAUCUGUUACUCCCGUGAAAUUAAUACCCACCAGCUCUACAGAAAACAACCAGAACAUGACUGCAGCAACUGUCCUCUCCAUGGCUACUACUAGUGGCCACCAGCUCAAUAUUCCUUUGCCAGUGAUGAAGAAUGAACUGGGAGGUAUCACAGUAAUCCAGGUACAAGCGAACCAGUUGAACCCCCUGUCCACUCAGGUUCUGCUCACCUCCCCGAACAAAUUCCCUGAGAUGCAUUCACAGUCAACAAACAGACCACGCCGGACAGGAUCCCUUGCACUCUUUUUUCGGAAGGUGUAUCAUCUAGCAAGUGUGCGUCUUAGAGAUCUAUGUCUAAAACUGGACAUCUCUGCAGAGUUAAGGGGCAAAAUCUGGACAUGCUUUGAGCAGUCUUUGGUUCACUUCACAGAUAUGAUGAAAGACAGACAUCUGGAUCAGCUCUUGCUCUGUGCAGUCUACCUUAUAUCCAAGAUCUCAAAAGAGGAGCAGACUUUUCAAGACAUAAUGAAAUGUUAUAGGAGUCAACCUCAAGCAAGCAGCCAUAUAUACCGCAGUGUGCUCCUGAGGAAAAGAGUCCACGAGCAGCAGACUGAUGACAAAAUGGAGGUUGAUUCACCAACAGACCAAACCAAUGGCAGGUCAGACCAAGGUGCCAAAGCUAAGGCUGACAACGAAUCAGAUGAAGACAGGGGUGACCUCAUCCAAUUCUACAAUUCUGUUUAUGUUCUGAAAAUGCAAUCUUUUGCACUAAAAUAUGCUCAUCCAUCAGCUGAUAGUAGUGUGGAAGCGCCCCCGUUAUCUCCAUUCCCCUCACUGCGAGCUCAGCCUCUCUCCCCACGACGAAUAUCUCAGAGACACUCCGUCUAUCUUUCUCCUCAUAAAAAUGGUUCCUGCCUCAAACCCAGCUCUGCCUACACGUACAAGUUUACUGGCAGCCCAUCUAAGGAUUUGAGUGACAUCAAUCGAAUGAUUCGUCAGGGAAGUGUGAGCAAGAAGAGAGCUUUUACCAUGGAAGGAGAUGAGACAGAGUCCCCUACUAAACGUUUGAGCCAGGAGAGUGAGGAUGUGCUGCUCAAACGCCUUCAAGAUGUUGUAACUGAGAGAGCCAAUCACUGACCAACGAUGCACAUGAUGCAUGUGUCCCCUAUCAGUGAUGAACUCCAACAGACCAAUUAUAAUGCAGCAUGUCCUUUUAUAACCAAAGAGCAACUCAUAGAGCUAUCCAGGGUGCUGAACCAGUGGCUCAUGAUUGACAGGCUAUUAUAGAAUCUUAAAUUGUUGCAAGUACUUUUAAUCAUUUUCAAAUGGCAGCAUAAUACUAAUGCAUCUCAAAAAAAUUAUAUUGUAUAUAUCAACUUUUAAUCUUAAUUUAAUUUAAAAAAUUAACAAAUUUUCUAGAUUUAUUACAUGAAAUAUUUCAAGCCUUUUGUUAAUGAUUACGGCUUACAGCUCAUGAAUAUUAAAAAUUCAUUAUCUUGAAAUACUAAGCCACAUAUAUA